CACCUGUGUGCGCCUUGCUCUUGAAGAGUUUUUCUCUUGUUUAGGCCCAGGUCUAUCGCUGGCCGAGAUGCCCAUCUUUUCAUUCGUGCUGUGGGGUGGAGCCAGUGAUAACAUUCGUUGACAGAAUGCCAGCCUACUAGGCCCCUCCGAGCUUUCUCGUCUCACUGGAAGCUAGCCCUAAUUGCCCUGUAUGAACGCAUGCGCCCCUCUUUAUCCUCGAUUGGCAGCAGGCAGAACCCGAAACGGCAUAUAAUCGCUUCACCUAUUCGUCAUUUAACUCGGCCGAGGCUGCAUUUCCUCCCACUCCUCCGCACCAUGUCGGAAAAACAGCACACAGACACUGAAGACUCCCGGACGGAAAUCUCUGCACCCGCUCACGGCAGUGUCGAUCAUAUCCUCGACCCCGAGCUCGCAGCGGCGCUUUCUGCGGGUCCGCGGCUGAGCGCGACCAGUCGGACUGCACUAAGGCUGUAUCUUGUGCUGACCGUGGCGUUCAUGGGGUCCCUCAGCUUUGGCUUCGACACGAGUGUCAUCGGCUCGGUCAACGGAUUGAUCCAAUUCAUACAUUACUUUGGGCUGCAGGGUGGGGCUAGCGGCGGAGGCCAGGGAAUCGUCGCUGGUGUACUGAUCAGCAUGUUCUCACUGGGAUGCAUCCCCGCCUUGGCCGUGGCUGCCCCGAUCGCAGAUCGGUUCGGACGCCGUGCGGGAAUGGUAGACGGCUCGCCACCCUCAAUGAUCGUUGGCUCAUCUCUCGCAUUGCAGUUUUGUGCAAGCGUUGUUAUCUUGACCGGAGUCGCUGUAGUCACGAGCGCGCAAAACAUUACAUCCUUAUUGGUCGGGCGCUUCUUGGUCGGAUUUGGGAGUACGAUCAGUCAUGCAGCUGCACCCGCAUAUGUUGCGGAAAUGUCACCACCUCAAGUGAGCGCUGCUUUGCAAUACCUUUCCCUGCUCACAGGUUCUCAGUGGCGGGGCCGGCUCGCCGGAAUUUCUAAUGCAUUCACUUUCAUCGGCACCAUGACCAGCUCCGGCCUGGUCAUCGGCACCGGCCGUCUCCGAUCCAGUCUCUCGUGGCGCCUUCCGCUGGCCGUCCAAUUCAUCCCCAGCCUCGUCAUCUUGUUCGGCUCGCCCCGCUGGCUCAUGUCCGCCGGGCGCGCGGACGAGGCGCGCAGGGUGCUCGCGCGGUACCACGCAGCAGACGGCGAUGAAAAUGCGCCCGUCGUUCUCUUGGAGUUCCAGGAGCUGCAGGAGCACAUCAAGCCGGAGGCGAAGAAACGGCUGUGGGACUAUUCAAGCCUGUUCAACUCGCGGGGCUCGAGGUAUCGGAUGCUGAUCACGCUGUGGCUCGGGUUGUGCUGCCUGCUGUCUGGUCCGGGUAUCUUCUAUUUCUCGACAGUGGCGCUGCACCUUGCGGGAGUCAAUACUCAGAACGAACGUCUGGUGCUUUCCUUCACCGCCAGCGCCAUCGGUGCUGCCGGCGCGCUGAUCGGCGCUAUCCUCGCCGACAAAAUUGGCCGCCGUACGCUUUGGCUGUGGGGCAGCGCUGUGUGCGCGGCGGCCCUCGUCUUGACCGGAGUGUUCACGGCGCACAAGAUGACUGAAGCCGCUAUAGCGUUCUUCUUAUUUCUCUCCUUUGCGCUCAAUACGACAUACAUGCCGCUGCAGGGGAUUUAUCCGUCUGAAUGCUUGACUUAUGCGCAUAGAUCGAAAGGGCUCGUCUUAUUUGCCGCCAUACAAAGCGCAGGAGCUCUGUGCAACACCUUCGGCGGCUCCAUUGCUUACAAAAACAUCGGCUGGCGGUACUUCCUAGUUCCAGCAGCGUUUGAUGCGGUACAGACACUGGUCGUCUGGCUCUUCGCGGUGGAGACCAAAGGCCGCACAUUAGAAGAGCUGGAUGUGAUAUUCCAGGAGCGGAACCCAGUGGCAGCGUCCAUCAACAAGAGACGGGAGACGUCGGAGAAGAAUUAG